AGUCAAAUCAGCGAAGAAGUCAGACGGCUAACAUGCUAGCACAACGGCGACAUUAGGACUGUUGUGAAAAAUAAACAGCAAACAUGGAUAAAAAGAAAUCUUUGGAUGUUGCUGCAUCAUCGUUAGUCGACCUGAAGGCUGAACUGUACAGAAAGCAGGAACAGUUCAAACGGGAAAAACUUGGUCAAGAAACUGCCGAUGAUCGACUCAAAGCUAAAUCUACCAACAAGAAACCAAACAUCUGGAGUAAACAAAACGCUGGAGUUUCAGCAAGAGCUGAGAAAGAUGCAGAGCAGCUGUCAGAGGAGAAGAUCAGCCUCGAUGCUUCCAGACACAAGCUGGAGGAAAAGGCCAGGCUCUAUGAGCAGAUGACAAAAGGAGAAUUUCCAGACGAAGAGACGGAGGCCCUGUACCUGGUUGACUUCACCCAGAAGAUUAUUGACAAAAGAAGAGGAACUCAACCACUGAAGGAGGUGAAAGAUGAAGAGGAAAGAGACCGUUUGUCACCAGUCCCCCCUCCUCAAAACCCAGAUGAGGAAUGGGUUGAUUACGUGGAUGCUUUGGGACGAUCUCGAAGAUGCAUGAAGAAAGACUUGCCCAGUUUUCAGACAAUGGACCAAGAGCUUAAAGGAAAGGGAAUGGUCAUGUCUCAGAAGACCUUACUGUCUGAGGACAUGCGUCGAGAGCUGCAGAGGCAGGAGUGGGAGAGGGAGGAAGAAGAAGCGAUGAAGAAGCCCGUUGGACCAAUUCAUUAUGAGGAUAUUAGAGCACAAGAGGCUCGAGACCUUGGUGUGGGCUACUACGCCUUCUCUCAGGAUCAAGAGCAACGCAGGAAGCAGAGAGAAACUCUGGACAUGCUCAGAGACCAGACUACAGACCAGCGGACUAAAAGAGAACGACUCAAGGAGAAGAGACAGUCCAUCCUUAAGGCCCGACUUGCCAAAGUAAGGCAGAGGAAGAUGAAGACGGCAAAACUGGAUGGCAAUGAGGAAGAGGAGAAAGAGGAGGAGAAUCAAGGAGAGGAUGAGGAGGGUGACACAAUUGGACCCAUCCCUCAACCAGAUGUGCCACCAGAGGCUAGCAUUCUUAAAAGGGUAGAAGUGGAAAUUCAGGAGAGGAGAGAUACCAAACCAGGAGUGCCUCACAUCAGAGAGUGGGACAGGGGCAAAGAGUAUAUGUUCAGUGAGUGGAAAACUCGUCGUCGGGAUGAGCGAGACUCAGAAUUUGCCCCUCCCUCUACAUACACUGGCGAGAAAAGAUGGAAACCAGCAAAGACGAAGAAUCAGGAGAAUAAAUCCAGCACGUCCUUCAAACCUGCAAAGUUUCCAGAAGGAACCGCAGAGAGCGAGGCUGAACCACAGUCUCAGUCUCCGUCUGUUCCUCCAACAUCCUCACAGCCUUCACAGCCCCCACCUGCAGAGACCUCCUCAUGUUCAGUUCCCCCUUUAAACCCCCAGUAUACCCCUCCUCCUCCCUUUUAUCCACUGUUUCCUCCUCUGCCUCCUUUUCAGUUUGCAGGUCCACCACACGUCCUUCCUCCAUUUCCCCCACAGUACCUGUACCAGUAUCCGCCACCGUUUCCACCCCCGCCUGCAGAUCAAAGUCAGACUCAGCAGCCGUCUGAAGGCGCUCCUCAGAGUUUAGAUGAAAUGCUUUCCUUCUACAGGAAGUCUACCUGAUGGCUUCAUUGUGACUGUAAACAUUUCUUUAGCGACUGUUAAUAUUUCUUUAGCAACAAUAGAAACAAAGUUUGAGCUUUAUGGAACAACAUUUAAUAAAU